AACAGUCGUGAAUGAAGAGAAGGGAGGAGGCGGGAGGCAGCUGGAAGUCCCAGAAGUGACUCCCACUGGGCCACAGCGACGCGGACACCCGGGGGGCUGGUGCCGCCUCGGAGGCAGAAGGGGCCCCGACGGAAGCCAGGCAGCGCCCGCCUGUGCCUCCGUUUCCCCGUUCUCUGCAGGACUAGGCUGCUGAGCUGCUGGUGGAGCCAUCGGAACCCCCAAACCCGCCGGCAGCCUGAGGCAGAGUUUCACCGGACUGUUUCACUCCGCGCCCGCCGGAUCUAUGUCUAAGUUUUAACUCUCGGCUACAAAGACUAGGAUCGUCCCUUCCCCAAAGCCAAGCCGCCCCCCAGCCCCGCGCAGCCCCAGCCUGCCUCCCGCCGCCCAGCUGCCCGCCAUGCCCUCCAGCGGCCCCGGGGACACCAGCAGCUCCGCCCUGGAGCGGGAGGAGGACCGCAAGGAGGGAGAGGAGCAGGAGGAGGCGCGUGGCAAGGAGGAGCGGCAGGAGCCCAGCACCACUGCACGGAAGGUGGGGCGGCCUGGGAGAAAGCGCAAGCACCUCCUGGUGGAGAGCAGUGACACGCCGAAGGACCCUGCGGUGACCUCCAAGUCCCCAUCCAUGGCCCAGGACUCAGGCCCCUCGGAGCUGUUACCCAAUGGGGACUUGGAGAAGCGGAGUGGGCCCCAGCCGGAGGAGGGGAGCCCUGCUGGAGGACAGAAGGGCGGAGCCCCGGCAGAGGGAGAGGGCGCAGCCGAGACCCCGCCCGAAGCCUCCCGAGCCGUGGAGAAUGGCUGCUGCACCCCCAAGGACGGCCGAGGAGCCCCCACAGAAGAAGGCAAAGAACAGAAGGAGACCAACAUCGAAUCUAUGAAAAUGGAGGGCUCCCGGGGCCGGCUCCGGGGUGGCUUGGGCUGGGAGUCCAGCCUCCGCCAGCGGCCCAUGCCACGGCUCACCUUCCAGGCGGGGGACCCCUACUACAUCAGCAAGCGCAAGCGGGACGAGUGGCUGGCACGCUGGAAAAGGGAGGCUGAGAAGAAAGCCAAGGUGAUUGCAGUAAUGAACGCUGUGGAAGAGAACCAGGGGUCCGGCGAGUCUCAGAAGGUGGAGGAGGCCAGCCCUCCUGCAGUGCAGCAGCCCACUGACCCCGCCUCCCCCACUGUGGCCACCACCCCUGAGCCUGUGGGGGCUGACACGGGGGACAAGAACGCCACCAAAGCAGCCGAUGACGAACCAGAGUACGAGGACGGCCGGGGCUUUGGCAUUGGGGAGCUGGUGUGGGGGAAACUGCGGGGCUUCUCCUGGUGGCCAGGCCGCAUUGUGUCUUGGUGGAUGACGGGCCGGAGUCGAGCAGCUGAAGGCACCCGCUGGGUCAUGUGGUUCGGAGACGGCAAGUUCUCAGUGGUGUGUGUUGAAAAGCUGAUGCCGUUGAGCUCCUUCUGCAGCGCUUUCCACCAGGCCACCUACAACAAGCAGCCCAUGUACCGCAAAGCCAUCUACGAAGUGCUGCAGGUGGCCAGCAGCCGAGCCGGGAAGCUGUUCCCAGCGUGCCAUGACAGCGAUGAGAGCGACACUGCCAAGGCCGUGGAGGUGCAGAACAAGCAGAUGAUCGAAUGGGCCCUCGGAGGGUUCCAGCCCUCUGGCCCCAAGGGCCUGGAACCACCAGAAGAGGAGAAGAACCCCUACAAAGAAGUUUACACAGACAUGUGGGUUGAACCCGAGGCAGCUGCCUAUGCGCCACCCCCACCAGCCAAAAAGCCCCGGAAGAGCACAACCGAGAAGCCCAAGGUCAAGGAGAUUAUCGACGAACGCACAAGAGAGCGGCUGGUGUACGAGGUGCGGCAGAAGUGCCGGAACAUCGAGGACAUUUGCAUCUCUUGUGGGAGCCUCAACGUCACCCUGGAACACCCUCUCUUCAUCGGAGGAAUGUGCCAAAACUGCAAGAACUGCUUCCUGGAGUGCGCGUACCAGUACGACGACGACGGCUACCAGUCCUACUGCACCAUCUGCUGUGGGGGGCGUGAGGUGCUCAUGUGCGGGAACAACAACUGCUGCAGGUGCUUUUGCGUGGAGUGCGUGGAUCUCUUGGUGGGGCCCGGCGCCGCCCAGGCAGCCAUCAAAGAAGACCCUUGGAACUGCUACAUGUGCGGGCACAAGGGCACCUACGGGCUGCUGCGGAGGCGGGACGACUGGCCCUCGCGGCUGCAGAUGUUCUUCGCCAACAACCACGACCAGGAAUUUGACCCUCCGAAGGUUUACCCACCUGUCCCAGCCGAGAAGAGGAAGCCCAUCCGGGUGCUGUCUCUGUUUGACGGAAUUGCUACAGGGCUCCUGGUGCUGAAGGACCUGGGCAUUCAGGUGGACCGCUACAUCGCCUCGGAGGUGUGCGAGGACUCCAUCACGGUGGGCAUGGUGCGGCACCAGGGGAAGAUCAUGUACGUCGGGGACGUCCGCAGCGUCACGCAGAAGCAUAUCCAGGAGUGGGGCCCGUUCGACCUGGUGAUUGGGGGCAGUCCGUGCAAUGACCUCUCCAUCGUCAACCCUGCCCGCAAGGGACUCUAUGACAGCCCAGCUGACGGCUUUCUCUCCCGCCUCUCAGAGGGCACUGGCCGGCUCUUCUUUGAGUUCUACCGCCUCCUGCAUGACGCGCGGCCCAAGGAGGGAGAUGACCGCCCCUUCUUCUGGCUCUUUGAGAAUGUGGUGGCCAUGGGCGUUAGUGACAAGAGGGACAUCUCACGAUUUCUCGAGUCCAACCCUGUGAUGAUUGAUGCCAAAGAAGUGUCAGCUGCACACAGGGCCCGCUACUUCUGGGGGAACCUUCCUGGUAUGAACAGGCCGUUGGCAUCCACUGUGAAUGACAAGCUGGAGCUGCAGGAGUGUCUGGAACACGGCAGAAUAGCCAAGUUCAGCAAAGUGAGGACCAUCACCACGAGGUCGAACUCCAUAAAGCAGGGCAAAGACCAGCAUUUCCCCGUCUUCAUGAAUGAGAAAGAGGACAUCUUAUGGUGCACUGAAAUGGAAAGGGUGUUCGGCUUCCCUGUCCACUAUACCGACGUUUCCAACAUGAGCCGCUUGGCGAGGCAGAGACUGCUGGGCCGGUCGUGGAGCGUGCCCGUCAUCCGCCACCUCUUCGCUCCGCUGAAGGAAUAUUUUGCUUGUGUGUAAGGGACAUGAGGGCAAACUGAGGUAGUGAUACAGAGUUAAAAAAACAAACAAAAAAACACACAAAAAACCACAAAGAACAUGAGGAUGGAAAGAAGUAUCAGCACCCAGAAGAGAAAGGAAUUUAAAACAAAAACCAGAGGCGGAAAUACCGGAGGGCUUUGCCUGGUGAAAAGGGUUGGACAUCAUCUGGUUUUUCAAUGUUAAUCUUUAGUCCUAUUUAAAAACAAUAUCAUGUUCCCUAGCCCCCCCCCCCCUUUUUUUGGUCAGAUCUUUUGUUUUCUACUCUUUUCAGAGGGGUUUUCUGUUUGUUUGGGUUUUUGUUUCUUGCUGUGACUGAAACAAGAGGGUUUAUUGCAGCAAAACUUAACAACAAAACAUAGUAACAAUACCUUGCCGAGAGAGAAGAAAAAAAGGAAAUUCUAUGGAAAUCUAUAUAUUGGUAUUGGAUUUUUUUUUUUUUUUUUUUUUUAACUAUAUAACUUUUUGUUGUCUCUAGCCUGAUCAGAUAGGAGCACAAGCAGGGGGCGGAAAGUAGAGACACACUCAGGAGGCCGAGACCCCUCCCAGCCACUGAGCUGUCUUGCUAGCACCAUUCCUGGUCAUGCAAAGCAGAACCCAACUAGCAGCAGGGAGAGGACACCACAAGACCCUUUUAUACAGUAUUUCAGGUGCCUACCACACAGGAAACCUUGAAGAAAACCAGUUUCUAGAGCCGCUGUUACCUCUUGUUUACAGUUUAUAUAUAUAUGAUAGAUAUGAGAUAUAUAUAUAAAAGGUACUGUUAACUACUGUACAACCUGACUUCAUAAUGGUGCUUUCAAACAGCGAGAUGAGUAAAAACAUCAGCUUCCAUGUUGCCUUAUGCGCAAAGGGUUUUAAUCAAGGAUGGACAGGGGGAGAAGGUCCAUCACCUCCCAGGUGGCUUUUCCCCUUGGCGUGCCAUGGGGGUGAAGGACGGUUUGGGGACCGCGUUGCCCUGCUUCUCCCUGCCAAAAAGGGGGUGAGAGGAGGUGGUCGGGACCGUGGACAGCUGAGAGCGGGAUUCAUCCAGGAUCACGCAAUAACCUUUUGAUUUUUUUUUUCUCCCAACAAAAGGAGACUCCCUCAGCAAGAUGGCAGGAUAAGGGGUCUCCCUUCCAAGUUUUUCACAUUAGCCGAUCUGAGGGCUCCUCGUGGUGGGAUCAGAACUGAUCCAGAGUGUGGGAAAGUGACCGUUAAAAACCCCACCUGGAGCGAAUAAAAAAACAUACAAAACGUACUGGUGCUUUCCUGUCUAAAGUCGCCUUUUGUGUGUUCUUUUAUGAGGCCCCACCAUCCGCCCUCUGUGCACAAGGUGGCUUCUGGCCCUGGAAUGUGAUGUUUUUGGUCAUCUCCAAAGGCUGCAGUUUUAUACGGGGAGGCUGACGACACCUUUCGUUAUAAUUAUUAUUCUUAUGGUUCUGGUUAUAAUUAUGUUUGUUUUCAGAUUUUUCGUUAAGAACACAAAAACCCAACCCACCCCCCUCCCCUUAAGGUUUCAAACCAAGGUGCGGGGAGCAGGGUGCUUCUAAGCUAGGGGUGGCCCUGGUGCCCUGGCUCCCCACCCCUCGGGCCAGGUGGGCCACCAGGUGCAGCGACAGGUGGGCGGCCCGGGAGUCCCCCAGGCCAGCCUUCCGGUGCGUCCCUCUUCUCUUCUACUUCCCCUCCUCUGGAGGCGUGUGUGUCAGGGCUGGAGGGAGGGCCGGCGUCUCUCUCCUGUGUGUGUGACUGGAGUGGUGUGUAUUUCUUUUCUAGUGCUUUGGUCUGGUGAUCGCUGUGCUCUUAACCUGAGUCAGCAGCACCCGGAGCCCCAAGUGCACAACACUUGGUUCCGCUUCCUACCGAGGCAAGCAGCCUGGUGUUGGCAGUAGGCGGGACGCCAGUGGCGGCUCCAGGGUGAGGGCCCAAUGGGCGGAUGCUUGCCUGGAUAGAUGGGGUGUAGAUAUGUGGCAUAUAGAGAUAUAUAUUUUAUAAUGGGAGGGGGGAUGGCACCUCCUGGGACCGGCAGGGCUGGGAGGUGUGCUGUCAAGCACAUGGUCCCAAGUUCGCAUCCCUAGAAACGGCCUAUGGUGAUAGGCACUAUAUAAAUAGAUAGGGUCAUGUAUAAGAGAUAUUAUGGAGUGGGGACCGGGAAGUGGGGCUCAGGAGGCUGAGCUUCGGGUCCCGCUGCAGACGUAAGCCCCACACCAAUCAAUCCCACACGCAUACACAGGAACAUGUCUAUCCCGAUGCAUAACAGAUGCACUCACACCGCCAGGGAGCACCCCGCCACUCCCCCAGGAGUCAGGACUUUGUGGAGUCGGCCCUGCAGCUCUUUACCUCUGUUGCCCUGAUUGCAGGUAGACUGUCAAUCCCAGAAGUUGCUCGGUGCUGAAGGCAGGAAAAGGAGGAGGUUUUAUUUUAGCAGGUGCUCUCCUCUAGCAGGUAGCGUGCUCUCUCUUUUGCCCCUGGUGAUGUCAAAAGACUCUUCUGUUAGCAACUGUGAUACUGACCUGCAACUCUAGGCACCAGUAAAGUCAGCCCUCAGCUCCCCCUACCUAUUCUCCCCUCAACCAAAAUGAAAUUACAUCCAGGUCUGUCUUGGCCAAGGGGCUUCCACUCAAAAAAUAAAAAUAAAAAAA